ACUUAGUGAUCAAGCAGGCAAUAAUCAGAAAUACUUUUGUCCAGAAUGAAUCGUCCAACUGAAGCAGAGAGAUUAAGAACAUGAACAGAAUCAUCAGUUUUAUGCUCUAUGGUCUGUUUUUGUGCUCCUCGGUUUUCUCUAAUGACGAUACACAGGUCUCCUGUCAGGUCAGCAAGACUUGUAUCUUACCCUGCAGUUUCACAGCUCAUGAUGACGUUAUCAUCCACUGGAUUGAAGAGACUCCACCAGAGUCCCGGGUUCACUCCUACUAUCGCAAACAAGACCAACUGGGAGAGCAGCACCAGAGGUUCAGAGGAAGAACAUCUCUGUUUAAGGACCAGAUCUCCAGAGGAAACGCUUCCCUGCUGCUGAGAGGAGUGAAGGUUCAGGACCAGGGCAGAUAUCUGUGUUACAUCACUGGAAAUGAGGAGAACUUCAUCAACCUGAAUGUGACCGCUCCAGUCCAGCACGUCAACAUAGAACAGGUACAAAAUAAAAUCACCUGCAGCUCAGAGGGGAUCUAUCCUGAACCUGGACUCACCUGGACCACCAGUCCUCCAUCCAGCAUGAACCUGCAGAAUCCACCAACAGUCCAGCAGACUGAACAGCAGCUUUACAGCAUCAGCAGCUCUCUGGUACUUUCAGAUGGAGAUACUGACCUGGACUACAUCUGCACCGUCAGCACUCCAGCAAACAGCAGGAGAUCCACUUUGCUUCAACCAGCUGUUAUAAGUGGAUCAAACACUGAAACAUUCAUCUCCUGCUCAACCGCCAAUUAUCCAAUAAGGUAUCUCACCUGGACAUUUAAUCACGAAGAGAUCAUCCUGACACAGAGCGGAGAUGUAGCCCACUACAUAACUACAGAGAGGUGGAAGCAGCAUGUGAUGACUGUCUCAAGGACAGGAAGUCUCACUCUGAAGCAUUUAACUUCAGACCAGACAGGAACAUACAAAUGUGAACUCAGGGAUGAAGAGGAAACAUACGUGAAAUACACCUUUCUUCACAUACCAAAAGACUGGACCAGAGUUAUUGUAGGAGUGGUGGUGGGUUUGCUGCUGAUGGUCGUCUUGGUUUCUGGAGUCGUUGGUUACAAAUACAGGAAAAGGGUGCAGGAAUACAGGAAAAGGAGGAAAGAAAGGAGGAGGAGGAAAAAAACAGAAAGAAAGUAUGUUCUGGUUGACUUGGGCAUGGAGGAGCACGACUCAACAGAAGGGGUUAAACAGAGACUGAUCUCAGCUAUGAAGGGCCGCAGAGAAGUUCGGUUUGUUGAUUGUGAACUCUCAAAGACUCACUAUAAAGUCGUUGGGUCUGCUCUGAAGUCCAAACCCUCCCCUCUGACAGAACUGGACCUGAGUGGGAGCAAACUGGAGGAUUCAGGAGUGAAGAUUCUGUGUGAUGGACUGAAGAGUCCAAACUGUAGACUGGAGACUCUCAGAUUUAAGAGCUGCGGUCUGUCAGAGAUCAGCUGUUCUUCUCUGGUCUCAGCUCUGAAGACCAACCCCUCCCAUCUGAAACUUCUGGACCUGAGUAAGAACCAGAACCUGCAGGAUUCAGGAGUGAAACAUCUGAGUGGAUUUCUGGAGGGUCCAGACUGCAGACUGGAGACUCUGAGUUUGCAGAGCUGCAGUCUGUCAGAGAUCAGCUGUUCUUCUCUGGUCUCAGCUCUGAAGACCAACCCCUCCCAUCUGACACAUCUGGACCUGAGAUUCAACUACAAGCUGCAAAAUUCUGAUGUGAAGAAGCUGUCUGAUCUGGUGGAGAAUCCAGGCUACAACCUGCAGACUCUCAGGUCAGAGCGCUACACUUUGUCAGAGAUCAGCUGUUCUUCUCUGGUCUCAGCGCUGGAGUCCGACCCCUCUGAUCUGAAACUUCUGGACCUGAGUAACAACGACCUGGAGGAUUCAGAUGUGAAGCAGCUGUGUGGGUUUCUGGAGAGUCCAGACUGCAGACUGGAGACUCUGAGGUUGGAGAGCUGCAGGUUGUCAGAGAUCAGCUGUUCUUCUCUGGUCUCAGCUCUGAAGUCCAACCCCUCCCAUCUGAAACUUCUGGACCUGAGUUACAACGAGAACCUGCAGGAUUCAGGAGUGGAACAUCUGAGUGGAUUUCUGGAGAGUCCAGACUGCAGACUGGAGACUCUGAGGUUGAGGAGCUGCGGUCUGUCAAAGAUCAGCUGUUCUUCUCUGGUCUCAGCUCUGAAGUCCAACCCCUCCCAUCUGGAACAUCUGGACCUGAGUUACAACAACCUGCAGGAUUCAGGAAUGAAACAUCUGAGUGGAUUUCUGGAGAGUCCAGACUGCAGACUGGAGACUCUGAGGUUGAGGAGCUGCAGUUUGUCAAAGAUCAGCUGUUCUUCUCUGGUCUCAGCUCUGAAGUCCAACCCCUCCCAUCUGAAACAUCUGAACCUGAGCAGCAACAAGAACCUGCAGGAUUCAGGAGUGAAACAUCUGAGUGGAUUUCUGGGGAGUCCAGACUGCAGACUGGAGACUCUGGGGUUGGAGAGGUGCGGUCUGUCAGAGAUCAGCUGUUCUUCUCUGGUCUCAGCUCUGAAGUCCAACCCCUCCCAUCUGAAACUUCUGGACCUGAGUGGGAACAGGAACCUGCAGGAUUCAGGAGUGAAACAUCUGAGUGGAUUUCUGGGGAGUCCAGACUGCAGACUGGAGACUCUGGGGUUGUGGAGCUGCGGUCUCUCAGAGAUCAGCUGUUCUUCUCUGGGCUCAGCUCUGAAGUCCAACCCCUCCCAUCUGAAACUUCUGGUCCUGGGUGACAACGACCUGCAGGAUUCAGGAGUGAAACAUCUGUGUGGAUUUCUGGAGAGUCCAGACUGCAGACUGGAGACUCUGAGAUUGCAGUACUGCAGGUUGUCAAAGAUCAGCUGUUCUUCUCUGGUCUCAGCUCUGAAGUCCAACCCCUCCCAUCUGAAACAUCUGGACCUGACCAAGAACGACCUGAAGGCUGCAGAUGUGAAGCAGCUUUCUGAUCUGGUGGAGAGUCCAGACUACAAGCUGCAGGAUCUCAGGUGGGGAUGGUGAGAGUGUCCAGGACGGAUGAGUCGUGUCCUGAUCGUCCUCAGAGCUGAAGCAGCACCAGUUUGUGUGGACAAACUCUGACUGGACCGUGAUGAUGAUGAAGAUGAAGAUGUACAUAGUUUCAGAAUUACAGUUUUACAAACUCCUCAUAUAUUCAUUUAUUUCAUGUUAAGUCAAAAAGUCAUUAUUCUUAUUGUAUUAUUGUUAAAAAAAACAGUUAAUCAAAAUGUAGACUGUAGUGCCCAAGCACUUACAGUGUGAAGGCCCUAUUGUAUCUGUAGGAUUUUUUUUCGUUUUCUUUAUUUAUUUUUCCGACUAAAUGAGGGUCUUUUUUCCCCUAAACGUGCCCCAAAGUCACCAAAUUUUUCACCAAGCCAGGCCUUGUGAAAAAUGUGAUAUUUAAUGGUUUGCAUUAAUGGGCGUGGCCUAACGGCUCAACAGCGCCCCCUAGAAAAUGUUGUGCCUCAAGCCCCACAAUACGGUUUGACGUACAUGAAUGAAAAUCGGUACACACCUGUAUCAUGUCGCAACUUAAAGAAAAGUUGGUGCCAUUGCCGAAACCCAACAGGAAGUCGGCCAUUUUGAAUUAAUCGUGUAAUUUUGGCACAAUUUAUGCCAUUCUUUUGGCAGUUAAUGCAGCCCGAAGUGUACUACGAAUGUAGUGAUAGAUAAAAGUCUGUGCUGCCGCGGCGGAGCUGCUCAGCAAAGCAGCCGUCUCCUCCACCGAGUCACAUGACUCCCCCGGUGUUUUCUUUUUAAUUACAUGUUUCCGUUUCAUUCCAAGUUUUUCUUUUGUUGUUUCUCUACGUGUCACUGAUGGAGAGUGAAGAGAUCCGUGGAAAUAGCAGCGUUUGUUCAUGAAACACAAAUGAACUUGACUUGGUCAAUGAAUGUUCCUCAAAGUUUGUUCUAGUAAAUAUUUUGCGCUUUGAGACUUGUUCUUCAGGUGAAAAUGCGCUCUAUAAAUACAAUUUAUUAUUAUUAUUAUUAUUAUUAUAAAUAUUGUUAAUGUUAUCUGGAUAUUAUGAUGAUUUUUAAGACUUCAAAGAAAGUCAAAAUUCU